UUUCCUCUUUAACACCUGGGUACAGCAAUCUCUCAUUAACAGCUUUCUCCCAUCACCAGUUACCCAGCGGAUAAGAAAUUAGCCUGACAUGUUAACAUGUUUACUUUUCCUUAAUUCUGCACUUCAGAAACAGCUGCUAGGACUAACAUCUUUGGUGGCCAUCUCAAUUGUAGCAGUGACUAUUGCCCAGCAUUAGUAUAAUCACGGCACUUUAAUAGCCCCAUUACCACCCCAGCUAAAAGGGUCACAGCAACUUAGGGGAGGAUUUCUGAGAAGCAAAUACAGUUUGCUAGUGUAAUGAGAUGGAAACUGCAAACUGUUGCACCUAUUUCUCCCCACUAUUAAAACUGAAAGACGUAAUGUGCUCAACCAGCAAAAAAUUGUGCCUGGACCAAAGGUGGGGCUUUGAUCAAAUUUUAUGUCACUGGGACCACUGAAGGGAUUAUAAAUAUGGAAAGAAGAAGAGACAGAAGUCACUUGUUUCCUUUCCUGUCUCCAAACUCCAAAUUCUUCCUCAUCAUCCUCUUGGAUAGGUCUCUCCUAUAUCACCAUGACUCUCUGGAUCAGCUCUCUGCCUCUCCUUGUUUUGAUUGCUGUUUCUGCUCCUACCAUUAGUUACGCUCUUCCCAAUCAGCAUCUAUGUGGCUCUCAUCUAGUGGAAGCUCUCUACCUUGUAUGUGGUGACCGAGGCUUCUACUAUUCUCCCAAAACACGUCGGAACAUUGAACAGCCCCUAGCGAGUGGGUCUCUACAGAAUGAAGUGGAAACCCUGCCAUUCCAGCCACAGGACUUUCAGAAGGUGAAGAGAGGAAUUGUGCAGCAAUGCUGUGAAAAUACCUGUUCCCUAUAUGAGCUGGAAAACUAUUGCAAUUAAAAGAGCAAAAUGGGGCCAUGCAGGAGUGAGUGGAGAAGAAAGCACUUUGCUAUUGCACCUUCAAAGUAACCAAAUAAAAAUCUAUGUGUGUA